GGGUGUCUGCCACCUUUCACAGUUGCUGCAGCUCGCAUUCCGUCAUAGAGACACACAUACUGCAGACUGUAGCUAGCUGGUUAGCACCCGGGCAUACAGAUCUGUCUUUUAAUUUAUCCGUUGUCAGUAAAAAUGAGCGAUAACGACAAAGGUUACGACGAGCGGGAGUCUCGCUCUGCCUCCAGGAGUGUGAGUCCACGGGGCUCGGGGAAGUCUGCAAGCCGCUCCCCAGCUCGCUCACCUGCCCGUUCAAAAGAAGGCUCCCGCCACUCCCACUCUAAAUCUCGGUCCCGGUCCAGGUCAAAAUCUGGGUCCCAUUCCCACCGUGGCUCACGCAGGCACUAUAGCCGAUCUCGCUCCCGCUCGAGGUCUUAUCGUCGCCGAUCUCACAGCAGGUCCUACAGUGGAGAGCGCCGACGCAGGAGCCAUAGCCGCUCGCCCAUGUCCAACCGCCGGAGGCACAUUGGCAAUCGCGCUAAUCCAGAUCCAAACUCUUGCCUGGGAGUAUUUGGCCUGAGCCUGUACACUACAGAGAGAGAUCUGAGGGAAGUCUUCUCUAAAUAUGGCCCCCUGGCAGAUGUCUCCAUAGUAUAUGACCAGCAGUCAAGACGCUCCAGGGGCUUCGCUUUUGUUUACUUUGAGAACAAGGACGACGCUAAAGAGGCAAAGGAACGAGCCAAUGGCAUGGAGCUGGAUGGUCGCAGGAUCAGGGUCGACUUCUCCAUCACAAAAAGACCUCACACCCCAACACCUGGAAUCUAUAUGGGCCGACCCACAUAUGGCGGAGGUGGUCCAAGUGGUCCUAGACGCUAUUCACGUGACUACGAUCGCGGAUACGACCGCGGAUACGACAGAGGUGGCUAUGAUCGAUACGAUGACAGGGAUUACUACAGGUCAUACAGAAGGCGAUCUCCUUCACCAUACUACAGAGGGGCCUACAGGUCUCGGUCCAGGUCGCGGUCCUAUUCUCCCCGUCGCUAUUGAACAUUGCUGUCGAGCCCAUCCUCUUCCCAAGCACAGGCAGGAAAUGUUUUUGAGUGGUAUGAUAGAUUUCAGAAUAGAUAAUCUUUGUUCUGUUUACUAAUGCACAUGAGCAGUAAAUGUAUACUGAUAUCAGUUGUGGAGCAGUGCCAUUUGACUUGACUCGAGCGGCCCCCUCGUGUUUUUAUUUUUAAAUGUACUGGCAACGUCUGUCAUAAAUUAUAUAUUUAUGUUUUUGUUUUUUGUAUGCAAAUUGAGUGAAAAUUCAUCUUUGAACAGAUUAAAAUGAAGAUGCAUUUUUUUUUCA